CCAGUCUACUUAGUCCUGACAACUUAGUCCUGACAACUUAGUCCUGACAACUUAGGCCAGUCUACUUAGUCCUGACAACUUUGGCCAGUCUACUUAGUCCUGACAACUUAGUCCUGACAACUUAGUCCUGACAACUUAGUCCCAGUGAAGGAUGGACAGAGGGGGCGCUAUGGAGGCUGCCGUCUUCCACAAUGCCAAAGAGGACGAGCACAUGGACGCUCAAACCUUCGCAGCGGGCAAGAUGAAGAUGAUCCAGCCACAGUCCAUGAAGGACCCCAAACUAGACAAGCUGAAGGAGCAGGUUCUGCUGGAUUGGAUCAAUACGAGUCUGAAAGCAGAGCACAUCGUGGUCCAGAGUGUGGAGGAGGAUCUCUAUGACGGCCUGGUCCUUCAUCACCUGCUGGCCAGGUUGGCCGGCGUCCACUUGACCUUGGAGGAGAUGGCUCUGACCCCCUCGGCUCAGAUCCACAAACUGGAAGCGGUCCUGGAGGAGUUGGACAAGAGUCUGGACCAGCAGGACACCAAGUGGGACGUCAGCCUCAUACACAAGAAAGACCUCCUGGCUACUCUUCACCUGCUGGUUGCCAUGGUGACACGUUUCCAGCCUGAAGUGGAGCUGCCUUCAGACGUGAAGGUGCAGGUGGUGGUGCUGGAAGUGAGCAGGACAGGAAUCCGAUCCGACGUUCAAACGGAAGUCCUGACAGAGGCCAGUGGACUCAACUCACAGGAAGUCAGCAACAGAAGAGAUAAUAAUAACCCCAUGGAGGACCUGCUGAAGAUGGAGGCUGACAAGGUGAAGCAGGCCGUGCUUGACUUUGUAAACAAGACCAUGGCCAGCGUUGGACUGCAGGUGUUGGACUUGGACAAGCAGUUCUCUGAUGGCGUCAUUCUGCUGCUGCUCAUUGGACAGCUGGAAGGUUUCUUCAUUCCUCUCUCGGACUUCAGUCUGACCCCCCACAGCCAUGAAGACAUGCUCCGCAAUGUCAGCUUGGCCUUGAACCUCCUGGCUGAUUUGGGCCUGCAGGUGUCCGCUGUUCAAGCACAAGAUGUGGUUUCUCAGGACGUGGCUGCCACCUUGAAGGUCCUCUACGCUCUCUUUAGGAAGCACGGAGGAGGAUGCAAACAGGAAGUGGAAGGAAAGGCAUCAUGUGACCACAGCUGUCAAUCAUAGUGUUACAGUAGUUCCACUCCACUCCUUCAGGGGGCAGUGAUGGGCAUGUAGUAUAAAAUAGCAGCAGAAAAAUGAUCAACAAAUACCAAAAAAUGUGAAGAAUUGAAGAUACAUUAUAUUAUAUAUGUGUGCUUUUUUACACAACAACAACAACAUCCCUCAUGCAGCCGCUGGCUCCUUUCAAUGAUGUCAUCAUAACAACAACAACAUCCUUCAUGAAGCCGCUGGCUCCUUUUAAUGAUGUCAUCACAACAACAACAACAACAACAUCCCUCAUGCAGCCGCUGGCUCCUUUCAAUGAUGUCAUCACAACAACAACAACAUCUGCUCCAAAUGGAGCUUUAAUGCAGACUAAUGGACUUUUAAUCCACUUCCUGCUGCGGCCUCCUCAGGAACAGGAAAUGGACAUCAGAUGUUGUUUCACAGGAUGGAUUGAUUUUUAAGAACAUUGUUGAAAAUGUUGACUGUCAAAUAUGAAAUACAAAUUCUCAUGUGCAUGCAUAUAUUUAUGUAUGUUAAUAAGAAGAAAAUACAGAAAUAAGUCACAACAUU